CUGACAACUGAGACGAUGGACAGAGAAUGGGGCUCAAAGCCCGGAAGCGGAGGAGCCGCCUCUGCACAGAACGAAGCCAUCGACCGCCGCGAGCGUCUCCGGCGGCUCGCGCUCGAGACCAUCGAUCUCGCCAAAGAUCCCUAUUUCAUGCGCAAUCACCUCGGAAGCUAUGAGUGUAAGCUUUGUUUGACGCUGCACAACAACGAGGGCAACUACUUGGCGCAUACACAAGGCAAGCGCCAUCAGACUAAUUUGGCAAAACGAGCUGCUCGCGAGGCGAAGGACGCACCUGCGCAGCCCCAGCCGCACAAGCGCAAGGUCAAUGUGCGAAAGACGGUCAAAAUUGGUAGGCCGGGGUAUCGGGUGACAAAGCAGUUUGAUGGAGAAACAAAGCAGAGGUCUCUUCUUUUCCAGAUUGAAUAUCCUGAGAUUGAAGAUAAUACAAAGCCAAGGCAUCGUUUUAUGUCAUCUUAUGAGCAGAGGGUUCAACCUGUCGACAAAAAGUACCAGUAUCUUCUGUUUGCAGCUGAGCCUUAUGAGAUAGUUGCUUUCAAGGUUCCUAACAUUGAGAUCGACAAAACUGAUAAGUUUUUCUCACAUUGGGAUCCAGACUCAAAAAUGUUCACAUUGCAGCUAUAUUUCAAAACUAAGCCACCAGAGGCGAACAAACCGCAACCUCCCCCUGCAGCUAAUGGCCCAGGUGCACCCGGUGUUCCAUCAAGGCCUUUGCCCCCACCACCCCAAGGUCCUCCUCUGCCACAAGGACUGCCUCCUGGUGCACCAAUGGGAAAUCCUCCUAGAGCUCCUCCGCCAGGUCCUGGAUCUUUACUACCACCACCUCCUAUGGGAAAUGGCCCUAGGCCUAUGCCUCCUGGUGGCGCUCCGCCUGCCCCUCCUCCACCUCCUGUUGGUAAUACAAUGGCGAAUUUCACUCCUGGCUCUCAGAUGGGAAGGCCUCCAUCUAUGCCACCUCCACAAGGCUUUCCGGGACAACAAAUGCAGGGCCAGGGUCUUCGUCCACCCCCACCACCUCCUAAUAUGGGCUAAGGGAACCUAUUGCCUUGGGGUGACAGUCCUUAUACCGGAACAUCUCAGUGAAAAUAUUUGCAGCAUCUGCGUGGAGAAUGAAGUCAACAAAAAUGCCCCUGUAUUUCCGUUAAACUCGAAGCUGUACCUUGUUACGCUUUAUUUUUAACUAUUCAAUUGAACAAAUCAAGAAAAAUACUUUCCUGUUACUUUGACCUUUAGAUUGAAACACGACUCUUCAAAGA